GACCUUUCAAGUGGACGCUGCCGUCUUACAAAGACAAUCGUGCUACUGUACGAUCGUAUAAGUAGAAGUUGGAGUCCUAAUGCAUUUCCCCAUCACAAACACAAUCACAAACUUCUCAGACACAACCUUUUUUAGAAUAAAUCAUGCCCGAAACGAGUUUUCUGGCCGCGAAGGCCACGGCCACUGCCCGGAAAACCGCGAGCGCUGACGCCAAUGCGGCAAGUCUUCAGGAACUAGCAGGCUUCGGCAUCGGUGCGGCAAGCGCGGCGGUUGAUACUCAACCGUCUGUCCACACGGCAUGGCAGCUCUGGCAGGAUGGAAAACUGUCGAAGAAGCAGUUCGUCGACGCGUUAGGAGGCGAGUUGCCGCUGAACACCCUGAAAUUGCUCAAUCAAGUCGACUGCACAUACGCCGAGUUUGUCAAGUCUUUUGGUAAGAAAUGAAAAAAAUCGAUGUUUGAGCCUUUCUAAGCGUUGCAAACAAAGACCAACUCCAGCUUCUUGCGAUGAAUUAUUUGUUUCCAUCUUUCUAGUAAAAAAAAAGAAAAACGAACUACACCAGGUCGAGAAAAUUCGUUCGCGUCUCAGCGCGCAGGCGGCCGCACGCAGUAUCGCGACUCGGCGGGUGCGUUAAUUUCGGAUAAUUCAGCUCCGGCCCCAGCGGUGAGAGUGAUCGAAGAAACCGCAAAUUACCGCCGUGCCAGUUCCGAUGUAUCCCGCAUGGCCGAGAGGAGUGCGACCUUCAAGGUGCGCAAAGCAAACGACGUCUCGCGAAAUAACCCGCUGAUUGGUGGCAGUGCGCUAGUUGCAGACGAGGCAAAUCUGUCCGAGCAGGAGGCGCACAUGCAGAGCGCGGUAUUUUAUCACGGUUUCGAACAGGACAAAAAUUCUCUCUGGGAUGUAGAUCUUGUGACGUUUUUUGAUGAAAGUGCCACACUUUGUAUAAUGAAUCACACAAGCGCCAAAACCAAACUCAGAUCCGCAUGUUUCUAGACGGCGAGUUAAAAUCGACGGAAAUGGGGGAGUUUGUUUGCUCCCUACGCAACUACACGUACAACCCGCGGCAAGCAACGAGUGGUAUGCCGCUCAAAGUGCACACUUUACUGGAAAGGCAUCAAGUGAAUGGGCCGUUCGGCUUCCGGUACUUGGCACAAACUUUCCGCGAUAUCCUGCUUGAGACAGAGCCGGCACCGGCAGCGCCAACAACGGAGGCUUGAAAUUUUGUUUUAGGAUUUCCGAUUAUGUGUAGUUCAAAGCCGCUGGUGUGGUCUGCAGACGAAAUCUGAGUACACUAGCCAAUAUACAAGAUGCGCUAAAACUACGGAACGACUGGUAUCUCUAAUCAAAAUGGUUGUCAAACAAUUUCAUAAAGAAGAAGAACAUCUUCAGCGCCUCAGCAUUUGCUUUCCCGAUAUUCAAUUCUAUUCUCAUUGAU